AUGGAGUGCGGAUCAAGGAUAGAGGAUGGUUCAAUUCGUGUCGACGGCACCGAAUUAAACAAGGUGGAGUGUUUCAAGUAUCUUGGAUCCAAAGUGACUUCUACAGGCGACAUUGAUCAAGAAGGUCAAGCACGUGUUAAUGCAGCAUGGAUGAAAUGGAAAAUGGAAACAGGCGUACUGUGCGACAAGAAAGUCGCUGUUCGACUGAAGUCGAAGAUCUACAGGACGGUUGUGUGUCCAGUCACCCUUUACGGAUGCGGGUGCUGGGCGACGACGAAAGCCUUAGAAAGAGUGUUGCACACUACGGAGAUGUGGAUGUUGAGGUGGACGAUAGGUGUAACGCUAAAAGACAAAGUAUCCAACGACACUGUACGCUCCAUCUUCGGCGUCGUCCCGAUAGCUGAGAAGAUGAAGGAGGCGCGACUGAGAUGGUUUCCACGUCUUGCGGUGAGAGGAAAAUUCUGUUUCCAAAACCGCUCUGAAGCUCGACGUUGCAUUCGUGAGGCCGCGUGGGAGGCCAAAGAUUCGCUGGUUGGACCCUGUGAAGCUGGAUAUGAUAGAUGCGCGUUUGUGUACAGCUGA